CACCACAACCAGCCGAGGGGCCUCGCUCUCUUUCCCGUAUCGACAUCCUCACCGUCCCCCUACACUCAUAUACCCCGUCUUGCCUUGAUCUGGCACCAGUGUACGGUCGGAACGCUCCGAGACGGUCUACAAGGCCACUCGGAACCACAGGCAAAGUCGCCCAGAAGCGGCACGUCUCGUCUCGUCUCGUCUCAGCAUCGAUACCUGACUUCCUCAUCAUCAUCAUCAUCAUCGCCGUCGCUCGCCCUCGCCCUUCACGUCUUCCUCAUCUGUGACAUAGCAGCAACAACCGCUCACCCGGCAGCACGCUCGGGCUCAAAAGCCGCGACAGGUAGCCCCUGAUCCACAUACAUCUGCUGCAAGCUCUGAUCUAAAUCGAAGUCGCGACGUUAGCGUUCUGAUUCUUCGGCACCCUGUAGUCGCUGCCAGGCUGACAAGGCUCUCGACUGCAGGGCAGGCAUACAACACGUCAUAUGCCUGCCUCAUCAUUCGCGGCGCUCGAAGGCGGCUUCAGUGCGAUGUCCGUCGGCGGUGUUGCAGGUGGGGGCAUCGCCGGUAUCGGAGGCAUAGGAGGCUCCCCCGCUUCUACUCUGAAACAGCACAAAAGUUCGGCAUCGACCCACUCGGUACCGCAUACACAUGGGGCCCAUAGCUCCAUUUCACAGUCUGUGACAGGGCGAGGUACUCCUGCUAUGAAGGAGAGUACCACAUCGUUGUCACUCGCGACUGGGACGGGUAGCAACCAGGGCCAAGGCACACUGGCGCAACAACAGCAGCCAUACCAGGAACCUCAAGCGCUGGCGCCUGCCUCUCUUGACACUACCGCGGCUUACAUCUCCAGCAUCGUUGCAAGGCUCGUCAAGAUACUCCCCUCCAAUUCAGGGACAACCUUACUGACCCUCGAGGACAAUGUUCUCGUGCGACAUUGCGUAUCUAGUCUGGUUGCGUUGAGCCAGAAGCAACUGCCCAUGGUGCUCAAAGAGCUUAUAGGAGCCCUGGAGGCGCUCAACAAAAGCGCUACCGAAGUACACGAAGAGCAGAUCACAGUCGGCCGACUUCAAUCACGGCUGCUCGUCCUACGCAUCUUGAGUGCAUGUAUGAUGUUCCACUGGAGGUGUUGCGACGAGGUUUCGGAUGGUCCUUCAAUUCCAGAAGGCUGUCCGAUGGGAGACGCAGCAGACCCGCCUCUGCCUCUACCUCGCAUUGAUCCCACUCCUCUAGAUGACUUCCUCGCAAAGAGUGUGUUGUCGGUGAUGACGGUUACCCUGCGCCAAACAGUGGCUCGAGAGGAUCGCCAGAUGCUUCUAUGGUCAGGUCUAGCUACUGCCCAAUCGUCGAGCUCAAGCAAGCAGCCCAAAGCAGACGUUUCGCACGGUGCCAGGAACGGGCUACCUGAUCGACCGGAACAGACAAGUACUUCGAGCAAGAACACCUUCUGGUGGGAUGAGUCGAAAGACGACGAAUUCGAUGGCGUUCCCAUUCAUGCUCUGUCUUUGUACAACGGCUACAGUCUCUUUGUACUCGGUCCAGACUGUUCAUCCCCAGCGAGAGGUGCAUUUGAGGUACCCUCUCCCCUUGAUCCUAGUCUCGGCGGAGCCGAACGACCGCAACGAUUCAGACCUCUGGAAAUCAUUGGUGCCUCCGACCGGCCAGAGAAGGGUCCUACUGAGUCCAUCGGCUCACUUACCAGGGCCAUCUACCGCUACAGUAGUCAGAUCAUCAGUUAUCUCAGCUCGAGCAACUUCGCAGUAGUUCAGGCAAGGAUACGAAAUAGGCUGCUUUACCUGUCCAAGACCGCCGAGGAGGUGCCAGACUCAAGCGAACUUCGCCUCAUAGAGGGCAGUAAUUUGACAACUGCUCGCCUGAGUGCAGUGUUGACCGAGCUGCAUUCUUCCUUCCACCACCUCAAAAGAACAGUGCAACUUAACGUCGCGCUAGUCGUACGGAGGAUGGUCUGGUCUUUCGUUCACUACCAUCCUGCCGAAUUCGCAACAAUCUAUGCGAACAAAAGACAAGUGGAUGGCAACCCUGAGCUCUUCUUUGAUUAUGCCUACAGCCUGGCGGAAACGCAUCGGAAGAAACAGAUCUUUUGGCCGAUGAUGACGGCACUGUUCAUUCUAUGUCCAGACGUCAUUAACAGGUCAGCAGUGAAUGAUGGCAGUGGGCCCGCUGGAAGCGGACGGAAGGGGGCGAGUUCAGCAUCAGCCGGGAAGAGAAUGGCCUUCUUUGAGACACUGAAGAAGGCGAUGAAGUCGGGGAAGCUCAGUGAGGUAGCAACGCUCUGCUGCGUCGACAUUUGCAGAGCAGCCUCCUUUACACCGCCAGGGGUGGACAGCGGGCUACGUCUCUUCGCGUCCGAGAUCGAGGGCGAACUGCGAGACAAACUUUUCGACCCACAACGCCCAAUGAUCAACCAGCAGACGAAGCAAGUCGAAAUCUCUCUCAUUGUCGAAAGCUUCAUCGCCUUCUAUCGACUUGAUCCCCGCAAGACCGUGGCCUCUUUGGUGCCCAUUUGUGUCUCGGAGACGAGCUCAAUGGCUUUCAAAAUUGGCUUUGUCCGCGCUGUCAUCCGCAUGGUCGAGGAGGAGUCGCCCAUCUUUUGGAAUCCUCGGAUCGAGAGCAUAUACCCUGUCAUCAGCGCUUGGACCCGCCGGACGUUCAAGACCAUGCUCAACAAGGUCCUCACAGAUGCGGACAGCGGCGGCAGCGUUGGCGGUGCGGGUCGGGCCACGGACAGGCAAAGAUUGCUGAAAGGAGUCGCAAGCGUCGCUACUGGAAGAGGGGUAGGCAAAGACAGCAAAGGAGCGACUGAUGAAGUUGAGGAUCGACUGCAGCUCCUCAGGGCUAUCCUGCAGUUGUGGAAGAGUGACCUUCAAGUGGCUUCGGGUGAUAUCGCGUUCAGCCAUUCAACACAAGUCAGCUCGUUGGGUUGCUUCGAUGCAAAAGGCAAAUUGAUCGACCACGACGAUCUACUGCCCGCUGCUAUGCAGAACGAUUCGGUGAUGGGCUGGGUCUACUGCGUGGGUCGCGCUACGUACGCUCCAGGUUGCUGGGAGCUUCACGAACCUGCGCUAGGCGUCCUGUCUCGCGUCGUUCCCGGAGCCAUACAGAGCGCCUCUGCCAGGAUCGACCCCCAACAUUUAACCUUCACGCUGCAUGCUCAAAGAGCUCUCGUAUCUGUGGGUGCUCAGAAACGUCGAAAGUACACCACUAUGGUCUACCAGUCUCCAGAUGUCCGUAGCCAACAGCACUGGCUUACUAUCGUCAGACUGUCUCUCGAGCUGGAGUUGACUUCGGUCAGGGCUUGGGCACGCAUGUCGCCAGAAGAAAGGCAAGAGACCCCUAGGCCUUCAUAUCAAGAGUACUGUUUGGAGAGGAUCACUCUUGUGCAGACUUACCUUCUGUCCAUCUUGUCAGCUGACAAUGAGGUGAGCACCAUGGCACUCAGCUGCACUCCGAUCAUCAUACAACUUUCGAUAGAGGGCCGCAAACGAGGCGAUGCAGCAAUUAUACUGGGCAGCGACUGGCGAGAGGUUAUGAUGGCUCUGGGUGAUCCCGCCUUGCUCACGGCGGGUCGAGUCGCUAGACAGAGGCGCAUUCGAGCUCUUUUGCGCAAGACAACCGGCCCUACGCUCCCGGUCGUGAUCACCUGGGACACUAUGUACAAACGUUGGCAAGCCUUGACUGUCGUGGUCGCUACGAACAAAGUCCGAAGUGGUUCUGACGCCGUCGAGGAAGCUCUUGCUUUGCAAUGGCUGCACUAUGCAGGUGGCCUCUGUGCCAUGAGUGGCGGCUGCAUCAGUGAAUUGAGCGAAAGCGACGACACGGUCGAAGUCUCCGUCGACAUUCUGGACGGUAACUUCACAGUACCUAAGCUGCCAGCAACUCAUGCUGUUGGGACUUUCGUGAAACAAAUGGUCGAAUUCCUCAUUCACGACUCGUACUGGGUACGUGAGAAGGUCAAGGAUCUUCUGGCUCUAGAUCUUGACGUCCGAGCCAACGGUGCACUGCUGCGACAAGUACAUACGGUCUUGGGCGACUUUUUUGAUUCCAAGACUGGUCUGCCUACUCCCACCCCCACGUACACUAUGUUCGUAGAGCACUCCAUUGCUGUGGCGUCAGCGGUCCUCGCUCGUCAGGACGAAGGCUCGAUCUGGACCGGCAGCGUCGACAUUGGCUCCCUCAUGGUGCUCUACGUAGACUACAUCAAUGCUUUGGGCAACAAGGAGCAGGCAGUACGCAUCAAGACAUCUGUUUGUCAGCUCUGCGUCACUCUCAUGGCCAAGAAAGCUUUCUUUGCCUUUCCCCAUGAGCUGAGAAUUCGGAACCGCCUGUUUCAGGUCCUGAUCACCUGGACCUCGGAUGACACUAGCAUGGCAAAGCUUGAUCGCGUGCAGAGAGACUUGGACAUUGCCUGCUUGCAGCUGACUUCUGUGCUUCUCGAUGCUCUUCCACUUCUGUUGGCGGACGAUGCUCUGAUGCUGGAUGAUCGCGUCGAAUGGGCAAAGUCUAGACAAUUUGCUCUUUACCUCGAUUACUUCACCAAGGUCCUUCAUCGCACAAGGCACGUUGAACUCGCCCCGGCUCCCGGAGGCGAGCUAGCCAAAGCUCAAGGUCCACAGUGGAUCAGCUACAGCAAGGGCCGUGAUCAGGCUACUAAAGAGACUGCGCCCUUGAGAGAGUAUGCCAUUCUGUCGUUGACACAUCUGCUCGCGUCGAACAUUGACAGUGGACUACAACAUUCCCUCGUCUUGGGCUACUCGGAGGAUCCCGAGCUGCGAUCUUGCUUCAUCCAGAUCAUGACAAACGUUCUCAAUCAGGGAGCUGCUUUUGAUGAUCUUGAGCGCUCCAAACGAAGCCAAAAGGAGACGCGGUUGGUCGAGCUUAUCGGCGACAGUGACCUUUCUUUGGCAAUGGCAAUCUGCGAAGGAACUCGCUUCCUCGACCCUGGAAGUGGCAUGGACAAGAUUCUGCUCAGCAUCUUCGAUUCUCAAGGUGGUAUUCUGCGCUUCCUCAAGAAGGCCAUCGAAGUCGAGAUCGGCAAAACGAACACGGAGGAAAUGGUCUUCCGAAGCAAUUCCAAUCGUACCCACCUCAUUUCCCUGUUCGCCAGGACCCAUGGCUACGAGUAUCUGCGGAGUAUUCUCACCCCCCUGAUUGCCGACAUGGCCGACAAGCCUGACGGAUAUUCUUUCGAGAUUGAGCCAGACAAGCUUCGCCCUGGUGAAUCGGCGGCUGUCAACCAAGCUCACUUGGAAGAAGCUGCUCAAAAGUUCAUCGACACCAUCUGUGAUUCGGCUCCUCAAGUGCCUGCCGUUAUGCGUGAGCUCUCUCGUCACAUCCGUUUGACAAUGGACGCAAAGUUUCCAAACUCGAAGUAUCAGGGAGUAGGUGGUUUCAUCUUCUUGCGCUUGAUUGGACCUGCCAUCGUAGCGCCGGAGAACAUUGACAUGAAGCUCAACGGUCCCAACCACAAGAAGGACCUCCGUCGAGGUCUCCUCCUGGUCAGCAAGAUCUUGCAGACUCUCGCGUCCAAUAACAAGGCGUCGAACCAGAGCUCGACUCAGAAGAAUCCUUUCAUGACAGCUCUGAACGAAUUUCUCCAAAAGAAUAGUUGGAAGGUCGGAAGCUUCCUCGAUGGAGUUUCGGACGCUCGCACUGAUCCGGACCGUCUGCUUGCCGCUGAUCAACCUUUGGGGUACGGGAUCCAGCCUGGCGGCUACGGACUUGACGAGACCGAGCAGAGGACUUUGCACAAGUACAUCUACGAGAACGUUGAUAAGAUUGGCGCACACCUGAUGAGUCAGUCUGACACCCUCAGCUCCAGUCCAACUGGUGUACCACAGACCGAUUCCACAGGCGGGGAACAAUUCCAAGGCGUUACGAGUGUUCCUCUUCAUGGAACAAAUCGUACAACUGGGCGGCAGGUCUAUGAUCAGCUUUGCUCCGCGUUAGCAGAUCUGGGCCCCCCUUGCAGCGAUCCGAUGGUAGACAUCGCCUUGAUGGCGUCGAAUGGCCUCUUGGGCCCUGAGACAGCAAGUAACAAAGGAAGCGGCGCAAGGGGGCGCUUCACUCCUGCGACUCAAUCCCAAUUGCUUCAAAAUUUCUUGCGACGAGCAGGACCUCGGAGCACAAAGGACGGAGAGUAUAGAGAGGUGUUCUUUGCCGGUCCUCCGUCGAGGGCGGGUCGAACCGUCUUUUACUACAACCCCAACAAAAUCGAUCUUGAACACAUAGAUCUGGAGGGACUGAUUGCUUACAUGAUCAAGACCUUGGAAAGCUUCAGAGGGCCUGAAUACGAUGUCGUGAUCGAUGCCACAGGAGUCAGGAACUCCAAUCUCUUCUCUGCACCCUGGGUAUUGUAUUGUGGGUCCUUGGUGACCGCAGAGACAGCCCUCAAGAUGCGCCAUGUCAUGUUCUACAACUUCAACACCGUCGUCGGAAUCUGGGCAGACGGGAUGCUUCAGGUCCCCCUGGCCGAUUGGCCGCCAGCAUGGCAAGCUGUGAUGACCGCAGGCCCGCAACUCAGUCAGUUCACAGCGCUUUCAGAAUUCGACCCUUUCAUCGAGCGACGCAACCUCGCACUGCCUUCCGAGACUAUCGCCAUCACUACCGCCGUCUCUGAGCACCGCUUCAAUGCGGUCACAAUGGUCUGGUAUUAUCGUAACAUGGUGCCUGUCACCUUCAAGAUCGGGGGCGACCAUCUUCAGAUCACCUCGCUCAAGCCAUUCGAGCGGGGCAGCCUGACAGGAUACGUGAAUGAUGUCUUCCACCUAGCGGACAUUGACGAUGUCCGGUCUGUCUCCACUCGCGGUGAUGAUAGUACCUUCUUCAUCACAUGUCGAGGUGGCGAAGUCUCUUUCAUUUUCAAUAGUCGCGAUCGAAUGUUCAUCGUGCAGGCCUUGCGAGAGGCGCGAGCCAGAACGUCGCGCAUCAGAUCCACAAAGAGUAUGGAGCGGACAUUGUUGCCAUCGGACGUUCCUGGUCGGCUGCUCAACAUCGCCAUGCUCAACAUGACCAGUGAGCAGUCAACUCUGCGCCUGAGUGCUUACAACCUUCUCUGCGCCUUGUCUACUUCCUUCAAUUUCGGUGCAAGCUCAGCACGCAAGAGGCUGGUCAGUACGUCCUGUCUGGCCCUGCCCGCAAACACUAUUGCCUUUGUCGCAGACUUGAGCAAAGAGUUCGCUGCAGCGGCCCCUGGCGUCACGCUAGAAUUCUUUACUUCCUUCUUUGAGGGGUACGGAAGUGCAUCGCUGGUGCAACAGACAAAGAGCUUGUGCUAUAUGUCACCCUGGCUAGCUAACCUUGUCAUGUUCCUUCACACGAGCAGGGAGCAGCAACCCGAGUGCGCCAAACGCAUCAAGGAGAUCUUCGCCAACUUGCUUUCCAUGACGGUCAGGGAGCCGGCGAUAUUUGCUUGUAUGCAAAGGACUGUCUGGACUCAUCUCGGAAAACUCGAUGACCUGAUACCAAUUCUCCUUGAUGUCUUCACGGAAGCGGCAAUCGACUCCGGUAUUUACACAGAGAGAUUUGAUUGCGUCAUAGACACAAUGGUGUCAUUUUCCUCCAUCAACUUGCGAGGGAAACUGCUCGCCCGACUACGUCGCACCAUCGUCAAGACCGCUCAUACUCCCGACGUGACGACGCUGCACGAGAACCCACUCUGGAAGGAGAUCGUCACGUUGGCACGGAUGAACAUGGCUAUCGCGUUCACCUCGGGCCGCGCGGAAGCUUUGCUGUACUUACCGGAUACUCUGCACGUCGUUCUCCUUCUUGCAGGAGUAGGAGCCGACGCCACGAGGUACACAGUCCGUGGCACCGCCGUGAACUUCCUCCACUCUCUUUGCACUGAAGAUCCUCAGGAUGGUGGCAGUCACGAUGCUGGGAAGCGCAGCAAAGACGGUGCCAAUGCCGGCGGCAGCGCUGAAGUUAUACCCAACAAGGCUGCUCUUGAGCGACUACUUGCCCGCUUGUCCAGUCCCGAAUGUAACGAGCUCUUUGGUUUGCCUCCAGAUGACGAAGGCAUCUCUUCCCAACUUGCUUCGGCCAGGACCAUGCGGCCGCCUCCGGACAACGAACAGAUCGUCAAGCUUGCCAAAUUGAUCUACGAGAUUGAAGAGCUGGCGGCCCCUUCCAUCGACACGGUGAACAGCUGGCGCGCGCGUGUGGCCAGCCUCACCACGAGCAAAGCAUUCCAGUACAACCCUAUCAUCCAGUCCCGAGCUUUCCUCUUGCUCGGAUGCAUGGCACGCGGAGAGAUCGACGACGAUCUUCUGUACCAGAUUCUCGUUUCCCUGCGAGGAGCCGUGCACGAGUGGGCGAACAAGGGGAAUUCGGCAACAGUCAUCAGUAUCGUCAUCUGCCUUAGCAAGGUCGUCAAGAUCUUGCCUGAGCAUUCGCGGUACAUUGCCCAAUUGUUCUGGCUCGGUACGGCCGUCGUUCAAUUUGGCAGCGUGAAUCUAUUCUCCGCGGGUAUCGAGCUCAUCUUUGCCGCAAUCCAGACGAUUCAGGAGCGACACCUUCCCGAAGCCAUGGGCACCGAUCUUAUCAACUUCUUGAUGGAUUCGCGUAGUGGCUCGGAAUAUGCAGCUUGCCAGAUUGAAGAUGAGACAGGGCUGAAUUUCGACGUCAGCUUCUCCUUCUCGUUGGCGGCGCUGAUCGUCAAGGGUCUGCGUCAUCCUUCCACCAAGGAAAAGACAAAUGCCCUGUUGCGCUGCGUCCUCGAGGCCUCUUCAAUCGGUCCCGACGGCCCCAGUCUGUCCAGCAGGGUGCAUGCGGAGCAACUGGGCGUCUACCUCGCCUUGCUGCCAUCUGUCAACCGCGCGGAAGCUUUCGGAGAUGUCUUGGCGCUUGCUGGUCUGCCACGGGACCUCUGCGAUGAAGCCGUCCAAUCCCGCAAGCGUGGGCAUGUCAAAGAUGGCAGCCUGAUGAAGUACUUUGACGUCUUCGACAACCGCACUGCUCUUCUCAGCUUCGCCCUUGUAGCCGCUCUGCUGCGCACAGCCGACGACGAUAUGGAGCGCUUGACCCUCUUCACCUUCCUGGCGGAAUCGGGUCCGUGCUACCCAGCCAUCCUCUCGAUUGUGUAUGAUCAAAUCACCCCGAGCCUACACGUGGCGCUGGCCAAUGCUCAAAGCCCCCUGGUGCUCGAGGCGGUUCAAACGAUUGCUCAGACUACCAUCUUUGAGCCCGUCUUUGCGGCACAAGUGGCAGAGACUGUGAAUCGGGGCGGACCAGGAGCCUUCAUCGAGGAAGCCGGCUUCCCUAUGCUUCUGGACUGUGCCUCUUUUGAUCCCAAUGCCUUGACCAAGGAGAGGCGGCUGAUCAUGGCUACCUUGGCGACUGGCUUGCUGGGAAGCUUCAUCGAAGGGAGCAGCAGCUACCAGUGAUAAAUUAGAGUAUCCUGCGCACACGUCACCUUGAAUGGUGUAAAUCAGUAUGUUUUCGUGGCUUCGUAGCGAUUCCCCCACUAGGAUCGGCGUUCCGCUUGCCUCACACGCCCUCCAGCCCUUGUCACUAUUCCAAAUGGCUCCUUUUACCUCCUCUUCCUCCUGCUCUCGUCUAACAAGCCGUGUCUUCAUUACCUCUUUUACCUUGGCAUCAAUUUUUCCUUCUUUUGUUUGUAAUAAUCGUCAUUUUCUUCAUUUCUGCGACGUCAAUGAAUCCCCUUUACGCUCUCAG